UCACUGAGGUACAACAUGGCGCCCGGAAGCCACCUCCCGAACCCGGUAGUGUUAUCCGGAACUGAGACGCCGUUGCUUAACAACCCAACGCUGCCGAUGGGUUCCCGUGCUCGGUUCGGUCCGUUCGGGUCCGUGUUAAUGCCCGAACCGCGGCACGAUGAGCUGAGCCUCCCCGCCCCGCUGUGUGCCGGGAUCUGCCAUAGGGCCACAUCGCCGGACCCGCCCGAACUGCGGCCCGGCCACGGGGAACAAGACGGGAAUGAACGGCCCUGGUACAUCAGGACCAUUGAGGAGAAGGAUGCGUGUCUGAAAACGCUGGUGGAAGAGAUCGACCGUCUGACCAAGUACAAGGCAGAGUGUGCCCAGAAGGACGUGGUGAUUAACAACCUGCUGAGGGAAGUGCAGAGCCUGAAGAAACAGCUCGAGCUGCUCAAGGACAGCGCUGACACAGGGAUGCACACAAAACAAGGGAGCUCAAGUGAAGAAGGCACUGAUGUUCUCAAUGAAGAGAGCUCCCCCGAAGCCACUGCAGAGCAGGCAGAAGCAGAGAAUCAGGCCCUGCUGGCUCAGCUCACUGCGAUCCAGGAAGCCCAUAAAGAACUCUGUGCAGAGCUACAAAGGGCAGAAGAUGACUACAACAUGGCUACAGGUGCCAUGUGUUCCUUGCAAAGACAACUGGAGAUCCAAGCAUCCCAGCUUCGGAGCGCCAAAUCUGAAAAUGAAAAGCUCCAAAAGGAGAUCAGAGGGCGAGAUAAUCAGCUCCAAGCCAUGUCUGACAAGUUUGGCAGCCUGAGAGAAGAAUGGAAACAUGAAGAAAUGAUGGCAGCAAUGGAGAAGGAGAACUUCAGUCUCCGACAGGUUGUUAAAGAGCAAGAAUUCAAACUGAAUAAGCAGCUGGAGCUGAUCAAUGCUUUACAGAGCACAGCGUGGCAGCUGCAGGCAGAAGCUCUGACCAAUCAGUACCACAUCCAGAAACAGCAAAGUGCCCAAGAGGAGAUGCAGAGCAAAGCUGAAGCAAUGCAGCACACAGAGCUACAAACUCGAGUGGCACUCGAGCGUGUCACCAGCAAAUUUGAGAGAUUUCGAAGCAAAAUAAUUCAGGCUACCUUCAGUACAGCAGGCAUCAAAGCUCCCCAGGCAGAGCUCACUGAUGAGGAGGUGCUGGAGGCAAUGCAGAAAAUAAUUAACGAGCGGAUGGAGUUCCACCAGAUGCUGAAACAAAAAGGUGUCAAGGUUCCGUCUCUCACCACCAUUGAAACAGUUACUUCAUCAUCCAACAAUUCAAAGGGAAAGAGGUGAGUCCUGCAGCAGAACAGCCUGAGCAGCCAACUCCCAACACAUCACCGCUUCCCACCACCCGGAUCCUUUGUUUUCAGCUGAUGACUUAAUAACAAAUGAAAUCUAAUUAAAUAAAGCUCUGCAGUAAUUGA